AUGAAGACUUCGUGCUUGAUAUCAAUCAUUUUAGUUGCGUUGUUACUCAGCGCACCCAUUCUCACCUCGUGUUCACAUUUCCAUAAGUUAAAGCGCAGUCAUGGUCUGCCUUUAGAACUACUGGAGAAGACGCAACCAAAAAAUUUUUUAAUUGGUGGAGUUACCAGGCGUCCACUGAACCCAGAAUCAAAAAUACAACCAAAACAUAUUUAUGACUGCGAUGACGAACCCUUGCAGCCGACAAGGCGUGAUUUGAAUGAGAGGAGGCUCCGCAAAAAACUCGGAGGCACAAUUGAUGAGCGUUUUUUGUCAGUUUUCAAGCCCGCCCAGAUGUCAGAUAGCCCGCAAGUGGAACGAGUUUCAUUGCGUGGCGUCACGACCUCAGAAAAAAACUUUCUCAGGCAGGUCAUCAGAAACGAGACUGUUCCUUUAAUGGGAGGCAAAGUGCCUAUCUUUAUGGAGAGGUUUCUUAUGAAGUGGCUAAUUCACAAGUCUGACUGUCCCGUAGAACAUACUUGGACAGACCAGGGUAUCUGUUAUUGGCCACGCUGGAUCUCGAUGGGUCGCUGCAUAGCCAAGCAGUGUUCAUGGCCUCAGGGAAUGUCGUGCGUGGCGUCUGAUCCAAUCGACGUGUACCUAUUGCGGUGGAACUGCCGUAAAAACCGAAAUGGAAGAAAAGGAAAGAAAACUGGGACCCUUACUGCAGACAUAACGUGUCGGUGGUUAAAAUUUAAGCGUCCUGUAAUCAGUGAUUGUAAGUGCAAGUGCGACUCAACAUCUGCUUGAGCCGAUUAAAAAUAGUUUUUGGUGCUUGUAAAACGCUAAUUCAUGGUUCAAAAUCAAUUUGACAGCUGGCCAAAUAACGUGCGUACGAAAGUUUCAACGAAAGCAAUGCUUUCUUAACUUGGAUCGGUUAAAACCGUCAAGUAAUAAAUAAUAAUAAUGUCAAAGAUAAUGAUAAUAGUUAUUAAUGAAAACAAACAAACAAACGGAAACCUGAUCCAUUUCGGUUGGGAGGGGACUUUCUACAUGUAACAAUUAUGUUGCAUUCGUAUUCAUUUCAUGUUUUACUUUGAACCCAAAAAGGAUUGUUUUGUAAACCGACAUAUCGAUCGCUUAAAAUCACAAUUAUCUAAUCCUCUUUAACUGUAGGCUGUCUUUAGUCUUUUUUCCUUUUGUCGGCGUGAGGAUUGGUUGGUCGAUUCUCACUUAUACCUCCAAUAAGGGCCAAAUUCAGUGUCAAAUUGAAACCUAAUAGAACCUGUUACUGAGUUAAUAUAUGUGAUGAUUAUUAUCGAAAUAUGGCGUCCAAUUUGAAUUGCCAUUGUUCUCGACUGACUAGCCUCUCACACCUUUAAUCCUUUUGUGUUUC